GAAAUCUGUCAGUUUGGUAGCCUGGUGUACUUUGGAGUGUUGGCUCGUGUCAUUUCUCGGCUCACUGUGGAAUAACAAAGGACUGAAUUUGGUUUGACCUACAGUAUGGCUUCAUUUAUUCUUGUCAUUGUCACAUACAUUCUGCUACCAUCAUUUGGAGCCCCAGGUGCAGUGUUUAUAGAGGAAGAGAAAGCAGACAGUAUUCUGUGGAGGCGCAGACGGGCAAACACGGGGCUGUUUGAGGAGUUACUCCAGGGAAAUGUGGAGAGAGAGUGUAUAGAGGAGAAGUGUACCCUGGAAGAGGCCAGAGAGGCUUUUGAAAAUAAUGAAAAGACAAUGGCGUUUUGGGCAAGUUAUGUGGAUGGGGACCAGUGUAAAUCAACACCCUGUCAGAAUCGAGGCACAUGUGAGGACCAGAUGGGCACAUACACCUGUAACUGCCGACCGGGCUUUGUCGGCAAAAACUGUGAAAUAGUGACUGCCAGACAGUGUGCCAUUGAUAAUGGAGGCUGUGAACAUUUUUGUGUUCUGCUGGAGUUUGGUGAAGCAGAAUGUCAGUGUGCAUCUGGUUACGCACUCAUAGAAGACGGUUUCAGCUGUGACCCCAUAGUCAAGUUUUCAUGUGGCAGAACAAUCAAAACAGCCAUGAGAUCAUUUGUGAAAGGCUUCACUCCUACAGUAAACACAACCGCACAGUCUUCCAACAGGACAGUUGCAUCCACAUCUGGAAUGUCCAAAACAGAUAAUCGGAGCAGCUCAGCUUCUACACAAAAAGAAACAAAGUUGCCCUCUUUUAGUAAACUUCCUAAAUGGAAUCUGGAUGACGACUUGAUAUCUUCCAUACCAACAGAAAGUCAACAAAAAAACAGAAUUGUUGGUGGCAAUCCAGCUUCACCUGGAGAAAUCCCUUGGCAGGUGGCGCUGGUGGCCCGCUCAACUCAGCAAGUGUUUUGUGGCGGCUCCAUAUUGAGUGAGCUUUGGGUCAUUACAGCUGCCCACUGCCUGGUGGGGAAGCAGAAUGGAUCGUUCUUUAUCAGAGUUGGUGAGCAUGACAUCAACAAAAUUGAGGUUACGGAGCAGAAUCUAAACGUGAGCCGUUCUAUCUCCCAUCCUCGUUAUACCCCCAAAUUAAGCCUCUACAAUCAUGACAUUGCCUUGUUGCGGCUACGCACCCCCAUUCGGUUUACUCAGAUGGUACGGCCGAUCUGUCUAGGGCCCAUGAGCUUCACCAACUUUCUGCUUCAGUCUGGAUCUCUGGCUCUUGUUAGCGGCUGGGGCCGCCUGCGCCACCAAGGACGGACUUCAGUGGUUUUACAAAAGGUUGAGCUGCCCUAUGUGGACAGAACAGUGUGCAUGGAAAGCAGCAGUGAUCCGAUAACAUAUUUUAUGUUCUGUUCUGGCUACUCUGACACUCCUAGGGAUGCGUGUCAAGGGGACAGUGGAGGACCCCAUGCUAUGCGUUACCAUAACACUUGGUUUCUAACAGGUAUUGUUAGCUGGGGAGAGGAAUGUGCCAAGAAAGGAAAGUAUGGUGUGUACACGCAGGUUGGUAACUAUUACCGGUGGAUACAGCAUGUCAUUGGUGUUACUAAAGAAACACUACUUGAAAAUGUGGACCAGUAAUCUAUUAAUGAAUCUAUUAAUAACACUGUUAUUUUUAAGAGUGUAACAGAUGGUAAUAUAAUUUCCAACUAUCCCUUUAUGCCCUGGCUGGCCUUGAAAUUUCAAUACAGAGGUUUGUCAAUUAUUCAUGACAUAUUUUUUCUUAUUUUCUAAUGAAAGAGGGAUAAAUAGAUUGGAUUUCUAUUCCAUGUUGGUAGAGGAUUAAAACAUGGAUAUUGUGUGAGGAAGGAUAACUCAAUUUCUCAUUCUGACAGCAAGAAUAAAGCAGCCCCUUAGCUUUGAACCGUCACUGUCUUCAAAGGAAAAGUGCGGAUUUGUGGGAAGAAACCUCCUAAAGAUUUCAACAGCAUCUCAAAAAGACUCGUGCCCCAGUUUUAAAAAUCACUGGAUCUAACAAGCACUGGGGACAUCCGAUCGCUUACAUCUUGCUUGUGAAAGGACUAAUCUUUUCAUCACUCGGAGUGAGCAUCUUGGAUAUACCAAUACAAAUGCUUAUAUGAUAUAUUAAGGAACAAAAUGUACAUUCACAUAACAAUAAAAUGAUUUUGAAUUGGGUUUUUGAAACCAACAUAUAAAACCAUAAAGAAAA